UAGUGGCGAAAUAAUGUAUUGUACAUCUUAGUUCCUGGUUUAUGUGUAGGUACAUGCUCUCGGCACACCGCGCACCAUCAACUUUUUAAAAGAAUGGAAUAAGUCCAUUCUCUAUUCCGCGUAGAUACGUCCCGUGAGCGUUGCAAUAAACUCGACGUGUUGGUCGCAAAUACCGCACCAGGCAUGACUUUGUAGGCUACUCUGCAGGCUUUUCUCCAGAGUAGGCUUGUCAGCUUGCAACCGCCAGCGAGCUAACUUGCUAGCCAUAUACAUGCAGUCCAAGAUGACUGACUGCUGUGCUGCGACGAACUGUGGGUCUGACCAGGGGAAAACGGAUUCAGAUGUAACCCUUUUCAGUUUUCCUUUGGACCCUGACCGCUGUAAACAAUGGCUGGACAACUGCCAUCGUCCAGACUUGGCAUCAAAAGGUCCUGAAGAGUUGCAUAAACUCUACAAACUUUGUGCCAAACACUUUGAGCCCUCCUUAAUUUCCCAUGAGGGGACUUCCGAUUUUGUGUUGAAGGAAGAUGCAGUUCCGACAGUGUUUGAAGACACAGAACCAUCAACCAUUCCAACAACCACCGAUAGAAAACGAGCUGGUGAUCCUCUUGAGGAGGAACCUGCUUCUGUCAAGAAAUCAAAAGAAAAUACUGAAUCCCAUGAGGUCCAUGAAGAGUCUGAGGUAUCCGGACAAAACAGCACAACGUGUGUAUCCCUACCACGAGAUGAUCCGAUGCAAGAGGACACGGCGGGCUCCAAAGCCCGAGAGUCUCUCAAAGUCUAUUUUAAGGAAGUCCUUGCUCUAACCGGGUUCAGCAUCAAUGGCACGAAUAUAGAUGAACCGAUGAUGCAGCUGGGAGAAUCCCGGGGCAGGCCGGAACUCAAUCCGAUCUGUGUGGAGAAAAUCGACCAGAAAGAGAUCCUCCAGUUCAGCGAGGACCUCAUGCGUGACGAGAUCCAGAACAGCCUGCAGAUGGCGCGCUUCUUCUCCAUCCUGCUGCAGGACGCCACCAACAUGGAGGGCAAGGAGCAGAUCCCGGUGUUUGUACGCUCCGUCACGGUCGAGGGCUUCCCCCAGAAGCACCUCAUCGGCUUCCUCCCCUGCGAGUUGGACACGGAGAACCUGUUUUACACUCUUCUCACGGAGCUGCGGAACAAGUGGGGCCUGAGGAUGGAGCAUUGCCGCGGGCUCUCCUACCUGGUGACCGGCAGCAUGUGCCAGAAGAUCAGGGACCUCACCUGCAGGAUCCUCCAGGAGUUCCCACAGGUGGUGCUCUCUCCCAGCGACCCCUACGUCUUCAACAUCUGGAUCAUCCGCUGCAUGCCGGUCCCCUUCAUCCAGAGUGUCGCGGACGCCGUCGAGGAGGUGGCCGGGCUCAUCAGGAGAACGCCGGAGCUCAGCCAGAGGCUCGAGGGCAAGAUCCAGAUGACGUACGGGCACGUGAAGGGCCGGGUGGACGGCAUCAAGGAGGCCUGCCGGGGGAACUGGGAGUACCGCACGGACGCCUUCCAGACCAUGCUGGACAUCCUGGAGCCGUUCCUCAACGUCAUCAACGAAGUGAUCUCCAAGGUGGACGAGGACACCGCCGAGCAACUGGCCAAGCUCCGGCCCACACUGAAGAACUUCAACUUCAUCGUCACCCUGGUGGUCCUGAAGAACACCCUUUGUUGUGUGAGCAUACUGAACUCGAGUCUCAGGGGCAUCAUCAGCAUCAGCAGCACAUUGCAGUACACCAUCUCUAACGCCUUAAAGCUGGUCACCAAGUACCAGCAGGAGAUCGCCAUUUUCCACCGGAAGUGGUUUGGCGACGCGAUGGGCCGGGCCAAGAAGCUCGGCGUGGAGGUCACGGUGCCCGAGCCCUCGCUUGCCGCGCUGGCGGCGGACAGCGCGACCGCCACCGACACCCCCCUGGAGGACAUGUUCCGCGAGAACCUGAGCCGGCCCAUCCUGCAGUAUCUGGUGGCGGAGGUCAAGCGGGUGUUCAGCGUGGAGAUGGUGCGCAUCCUCCGGUGGCUGUCUCUGGUGCCGUCGUACAUGGCGGACCACAACUUCAGCAUCCGCCGGGACAAGGUGGCGGACGCCAACCUGAACAACCUCGCCCGGCCGGACACCUUCUACGAGGAGCUGGGCUGCUGGGAGCUCAAGUGGAGGCACGCCAGCAAGCGUCGGAUCCUGCCCACCACCGUGUUUGCCACUCUGAAGAUCCAAGACAUCGGCUUCUACCCCAACGUGCAGAGUCUGCUGAGGGUCUUGGGCACCGUCCCCUGCGUGAACGCCGAGGCCGAUGUCUACGGCCAGUACAACAUGGUCCUGGAGAGAUGUCAAUUCUACCUCAAAGGCACACCGCCGGAGCUGAGACGAUGCCAUUUGGCAUACGUGUUUGUGAACCAAGACGUGCACUUCAACGUGGAGCAGAUGGUCGAGACCUAUGCGAAAACCCAUCCGGAAAUCAUGCAGUUGUUACAAACGGAAAAUGCAGUUAAAGCAAAGCAACCCAAAGCAGUUGCAAAUGAUGGAAACCAUGUGGAAAAGGACAACGAAGACGAGUCGAAACCGAUGACCAUAGAAAUGGAGGGCGAAAAACUGGUCGAGCUGAAGUGUGCCGAGACCGACCGAGAGGCGCUCAAGUCCGCCCUUCAGGCAGCGGUGACCGCCGCGUACAACAGCCAGAGCCGGCAAAACACCGAAGUCUCCGCCGAACAAGAAAGCGAGGUGUCCAAGUACGUGUCCAAGUCGGAGAUGAAGGAGGUCCUGAACGUUUGCGAGAACACGGUCCGGGAAGGCAUCCUACUGGAGGUGGGGAGCUCCUUCUUCUCCCUGUUCAUCGACCGCGUGGUGACGCUCGGGGAGAAGGACUACCUCCCGCUCUUCCUGAGGUUCGUGGACAGCUUUGACGUCAUGCGCUUGGAGCUGAUGGGGUUCGCCGAGGCCGACCUCGAGUGCGACGCCAUGGUCGAGCGCCUGUUGGAGAUCCUCACCGUGGAGUGGCGCCUGGAUCUGAAGUACUGCCGGGGCCAGGCCUACCUGGGCUCCGGGGACAUAUCCUACAAGCUGAAGGCCUUUGCGUGCAAGGUCCAAGAGAAGUCCCCGCUGGCGAUAAGCACACACAGCUCCUGCUACUCCUUCAACACGUGGUGGUCCAAGACGAUCCCGGUGCCGGCCAUCACCAAAGCCCUCGAGGUGUUUGAGGAGGUGCUCGUGUUUUUCGGUAGCAGCUCGCUGCUUGAGAAGCAGGUCGACCACGUCAUCGCCUACGGCCUCAGGGAAAGCUACGAGAAGGUCCAAGAGUUGCAAGGGAAGUUCUGUUCCCUGUGGCAAGAGAAGCACGACUCUUAUGAAGUCUUUGUCCAAAUAAUGGAGCCUCUGGUUGAGUGUCUGGAGAAGAUCAAAAACAACCCGCAGCGAUGGAAGGAAUCAUUGUCCGAACAAGCGGGCUCGCUGCUCCGGAAGAUAAUGGACUUUGAUUUCAUCAUCGCCAUGGUGAUCCUGAAAAACACCUCGUCCUUCACCAAGGAGCUCAGCGCGGGCCUGCAGAAGGACCACUUCAGCGCCGCCUCCCAGCUGUGUCAAAUCAGCGGCAUCCUGGCUACCCUGAGCCGGGUGAAGACCAACAUGAAGGUGUUCCACCAGAACUGGUUCGACGAGGCCUGCGCCGUGGCCCAGAGCCUCCGGGUCCAGGUGGAGGAGCCCGAGUGCCCCGGCCAGCCCCGGGACGCGGCCAGGAAGCCCCUGGGCUACUUCAAGGACGCCCUGAGCGUGCCCCUCAUGGACAACCUCAUGACGGCCGUGAAGGACCACUUCUCCGAGGACCACAAGGAGGCGCUCAACUUCCUGUCGCUGGUGCCCUGCUCGGUCACCGUCAGCUACAUGUUCGAGAGCCUGAAGUCGAAGCCGCCGCUGUACAGCACGGACCUGCCCGACGCCGACAACUUCUUCACAGAGCUGUGCUGCUGGCGGGUGAAGUGGAAGACCAAGGUGACCCUCGCCAUCCCCGACACCAUCUUCCACACGCUGCGGCUGCCCGUCAUGCAGUACUUUGGCAACAUCAACACCCUUCUGAGGAUCAUGUCGGUGCUGCCCAGCACGGCGCUGGAGGACUGCGGCGCCAAGAUGCGGCACAAGUUGUUCCAGGAGUUCCUGAAGAACACGGAGCCCAAGGACCGCACCCCGUGUCUGGCCAUGCUCCAGGUGGGCACCGACUUCAACCGGGACCUUGACCGCAUGGUCACCCAGUGCCUGAAGGUCACCCCUCAGACUCUAGAGGGCAUCUGUCUGGAUAAGGAAUCCAAAACGUUAAUGAAGAACUCUGAAAAUAACAUGGAAGUUGACCAUCUAAAAGAUGAGGCCGAGGAGGUUGUGGUCCAGCCACCUGUCGACGCCACGGACGAGCAACCAGCCGAAGAGAACGGCCACACCGGGGACAACCAGCAGAGUCUGGAGACGGUGUUCCGCCUGGCCGCGCAGCUGGCCAAGAAGAACGGCGCCCUGGCCGAGAUCACCACAGACGAAACGGAGAGCGUCGUCCAGGAGCUGGGCCUGUGUCGCUGGCUCGGUGCCGACGGCCGAGGCAAACUCAACAUGGGGGAGACGGAAAUAGCCAUGCUGUUGACGAAAGGGAUCCGCGACGUGAUCCGCGACGUGAUCCUUCAGGAGAUACAGGAGUCCCCCUUCUUCUCCCUCAUCACCGACCGGCCCGUCAGAGUCGCCGACGGCAGCCAUUUGCCCGUCUUCGUCCGGUACGUCGGCGGAUCGGCCCCGAAAGUGGAGCUUCUCGGCUUCCUGCCUUUCGACGAGUCCUCCGUCGACGACGACGGACAAGCGAAGGCCCUCGCUAAGAUUCUGACCGAGGACUGGGGCCUGCCCAUGUCCCAGUGCCGCGGACAGGCCUAUAUGCGGUCGGGCUCCGGCUGCCAGAGUCUGAAGAUCAUGUCUCUGGAUUUCCUGAAGAGCUACCCGCUGUCGGUCGUCACGCCGAGCGAGUCCUGCGGCCUGGCCUACUGGCUGGCCGGAUGCGUGCCUUGCCCCCCGGUGACCAGGAUGCUGGACGUGGCGGAGGACCUGCUGCGCUUCUUCGACAGGUCCCCGGGCCUGGAGGCGCAGCUGGCGCAGGCGGUCGACGGGCUGCUCAACGCCCCCAUGGAGGCGCUGGAGGAGAGCCCCGAGACCUGCUGCUCGCGCUGGAAGAGGCGGGACGACUUCUUCGACGCCCUCGCCGACACGCUGGAGGGCGUCCUCAGCUGCCUCGACGCGGUCAGCGCCGCCGCCUCCGUCGGCACCACGGCGCUCUACGCCCAGGUGCUGGCGACGGCGGUGCGCAGCAUGGACUUCAUCGUGGCCCUGGUGAUCCUCAGGAACGCCUGCGCCCCGCUCCGCAACUGCAGCACCGUCUUCCGCUGCGGCAACCCGGCGGACAUCAUCGGCGAGGCGGAGAAGAUCCCCCAGAUCAUCGAGGCGCUGAGCAAGAUGCUGGAGAACAUCGGCGCCGUGCACGGGCCCUGGUUCGAGCACGCCUUCCAGCUGGCCUCCAAGUUGGGGCCCGAGCAGGUGUGCUUCCCCGAGGAGGCCAGCAACUACGAGUCGGUGGAGAUCUACUACCGGGAGACCCUGAGCAUCCCCGUGCUCAAGUGCCUCAUCGAGGAGAUGAAGCACAGCUUCUCGGAGAGCCACCUGCAGGCCCUCUCGGUGCUCUCCCUGCUGCCCUCGUGCAACCCCCAGUCCAGCCUCGAGUCCACGGACAAGCCCUUCGGCGCGUACCUGACCGACCUCACGGACCCCGACACGGCGGAGAUGGAGAUCAACGCCUGGGCCGUGGCCUGGAGGGAGAAGUACCAGGAGGCCGCGCCGCCGGCGUCGAUAUCGGAGACGCUGCUCCACCCGGAGGCCCUGAGCCACCCCACCGUGACCUCCCUGCUGCGGCUGGUGGCGGUGCUGCCCAGCGUCGGUAUCGAGUGCGACCUGAUGAGGUCCAGCCUCAACGCCAUGAGGGACCUGCUGGACGCCACCGUGUGCAGGGGCAGCAGGACGGAGCGCGUGAUGCUGCUCAUGCACCAGCAGACGCUGCGGAGGCUGCCCGAGCUCAUCCAGAGGUGCAUGGAGAUGGAUCCCGAGAGCAGGCCGUGUCUGGCCCAGGUCCUGGAAACCUUUCGAGGACUAAAGCUGAUCAAAGGCAAGUACAUUUAAAAAGCAUUCACUACAGAACACAAGAGUAUAGUCCCUCCUUUUUCUUUGUAAAAUAAAAAAGUUGUGCACUG